AUGACGAAUAAACUAAAUAAGUACGAAAAAAUCGAGUUUCUGGGCGAAGGGCAAUUCGCCACGGUAUACAAAGCCCGAGAUGUGGACACCGACAACAUAGUAGCAGUGAAAAAAAUCAAACUGGGCAGCCGACAGGAGGCCCAAGACGGAAUAAAUCGCACGGCCCUCAGAGAAAUCAAACUCCUACAAGAACUCCACCACCUAAACAUAAUAGGUCUACUGGACGUAUUCGGGCACAUGUCCAACGUCUCGUUGGUGUUUGAUUUCAUGGACACCGAUUUGGAGGUGAUAAUAAAAGACAACACCAUCAUCCUCACUACCGCCAACAUCAAAUCGUACAUAUUGCAAACGUUGCAAGGACUCGAGUACCUCCAUUUGAACUGGAUAUUACACAGAGACUUGAAGCCCAAUAACCUGCUGGUAAACGCCAACGGGGUGCUGAAAGUGGGCGAUUUCGGUCUAGCCAAAUUGUACGGCUCCCCGAACCGAAUCAACACCCAUCAAGUGGUAACCAGAUGGUACAGACCUCCGGAGUUGCUGUUUGGAGCCAAGCAGUACGGUACUUGCAUCGAUAUGUGGGCGGUCGGGUGCAUUUUGGCCGAGUUGUUGCUCAGAGUUCCCCUUUUCCCCGGUGUUUCGGAUUUGGAUCAAUUAACGAAGAUAUUUGGAGUAUUUGGAAACCCUACUGAGGAGAACUGGCCGGGCGUGAGAGGCCUAUCGGACUACGUAGACUUCAAACCAUUCACUCCGAUCCCAUUGAAAAGCAUCUUUACUGCUGCAGGAGACGAUUUGCUCGAUUUAAUCGAAGGGCUUUUGGUGUUGAGCCCGAUCGGAAGGAGAAAUUGCACGGAAUCUCUCAAGAUGGCGUUCUUUUCCAACAAACCCGCCCCGACAGCCGGUCCUAAACUCCCGUUACCCCAAAGCUUACGGAAGGCACGUGAAGCCCAAAAACCGACAUUAAAGAGGAAGCUGUUGGAUAAAAUGGAAGGAGACAUUUUGGCGAAGCGUUUAGUGUUUUAA